AAGCAGAAGAAGACGUGGACUCGUGGACGACUUCGAGAUAAAAAAGAGCGAACACGAAUCAGUUGCCUUGUUUUCCCAUCUCCCCUUUGCUCUUUAAUAAAUAAAGUUGCUGCUUUGCUGAAUCCCUUCUUUCACAAUUACUAGAAAAAAGUAAUUAAGAAGAAGAAGAAGAAGUGGUGUAGUGAAGCUUUGUUGGAGCUGAAAAGAGAUGAGACAGACGCCCAAGAAGCCUGCAGAGGUUUUCUGGCCCAAGUUGGUGCUCAGGAAAUGGCUCAACAUUAGAGGAAACAACUCGGAGUUCAGCGCCGACGAAGGCGGCAACGACAGUGAUUUUGAAGAUGACGGCGAAGAGAAUUGUGGUUGCAUGCAGGGGGAAAGAGAGAGGAAGGUAAGAGGAUUCGAGGCUGCAAAUGAUGAUGAUCUAGAGAGCAUCCCAUACAUAUUGAGGAGGAGGAAUUCUGAAACUCUUCGGGCACAAUAUAUCGAUACCAAGGAACUCAGGAUCUGUGCUGGAACUUGGAAUGUUGGGGGACAAGUUCCAUCUGAUGACCUUGACAUAGCAAAGUGGAUAGACAUGGAGGAACCUGCUGAUAUCUAUGCACUCGGUAUCCAGGAGAUUGUUCCUUUGAAUGCCUCCAACAUUUUCGGCGCUGAGGAUAGUGUGCCAGUUGAAAAAUGGGAACAUCUCAUUCGUAAAACUCUAAAUAGUAAUCGAUCUGCAAAACCCAAGUACAAAUGUUACAGUGAUCCUUCCUCUCCAUCCAGGUUCAGACCACAUGAAGUACAAAUGUCUGAGACUAACAGUGACUUUGAUGAAGAUGAUGGUUAUCGCGAUGAUGAUGAGAAUCUUGACAGUUUCGAUGAUUCAACAGAUGCUCUAGAUUCUAAUUCUGAUCAUAUCGAGCCCAUUAGGCCAUAUGACAUGAAGCAGUUUCGAAGGUUGAAUCAAUUUACUCUGGUUGAUUUUGAUGUGAACUCAGCAAUGCCAUUGAUUCAGGAAAAGAAGUUAAUGAGGACACUUAGCACAGCAGAGAGGGUUGGAUUAGUUUGGCCUGAACAACCACUAGAUUUGUUAUCGAAACACACUUUAACUAACUCAAGUUCCUUCAGAGCAGCAAAGUCUUUUCGAAAAUACAAUUCUUUCCGGCCUAUUGGUAAUGUGCACAAGGAUUCAUUAGGAAGAGUUUUGGCUCCUGAAUUUGAUCUGAAUUUGGUGCCAAGUAGAAAGAAGAGAUUGGCCUUUGUAAGGAUAGUAAGUAAACAAAUGAUCGGAAUAUACCUUUCGAUAUGGGUUCGCCGUGACCUAAGGAAGCACAUCCAGAACUUGAAGGUAUCUCCAGUUGGUGUAGGUGUCAUGGGUUAUAUCGGAAACAAAGGUUCAAUAUCAGUUAGCAUGUCUAUAUACCAAACUCUAUUUUGCUUCACAUGUUGUCAUCUCUCUUCGGGCGAAAAAAGUGGGGAUGAACUUCGUAGGAACGCAGACGUGCAAGAAAUUCACAGGAAAACUCAAUUUAGUACCGUUGCUCGUGCCGGAGUGCCCAAAAUAAUCCAUGAUCAUGAAAGAAUUUUUUGGCUAGGAGAUCUAAACUACCGCAUCGAUUUAUCGUUUGAGGAAACAAAUGAAUUCAUUUCGCGCAAAAAUUGGAGUAUGUUGUUAGAGAGGGACCAGCUAACUCGAGAGCUAAAAAAAGGGCGUGCUUUCGACGGUUGGUCAGAGGGUGUCAUAAGCUUUCCGCCGACCUACAAGUAUGAAUUCAACUCAAUGAGCUAUGUGCAGGAUGACAACAAGGGUGGGAGGAGAAAUCCUGCAUGGUGUGAUCGCAUAUUAUGGUUUGGAAAGGGUGUGAAACUCUUAAACUACAAAAGAGCCGAGUUGAAGCUUUCCGAUCACCGUCCUGUGACUGCCAUUUUCAUGGCCGAGGUUGAGAUAUUCUGCUUUAGAAAACUUCAAAAGGCUCUGACUUUAACAGAUGCUGAAAUAGAAGAUGGACAAACAAUCCCGGAUUUGCGAUGGAGAUCCCGGAAUACAAUGUGUUAGGAGAGCUCUGGAUGGCUGUGCUAGUGAAAGAUGAUCAAACUCGACAUUAACCUGUGAUUGUAAACAAGCAAAUUAUGUUGUUUGCUGUUUUUUAUUGUUUUAUUUUUGUUUUUGGGCUGUGAUGCAGUUUUGUAUAAACAUUAUGUUACUCAACUAAGCAUAGAGCGAUGGAACUUUCUUAGUACU